CGAGAUCGCGCCACUGUACUCCAGCCUGGGCGACAGGGCAAGGCUCUGUCUCAGAAAACAAAACAGAACAAAACAAACAAACAAAAAAAACCCAGAGCUGGCUGGGUUGGGGGCAGGGUGGGGAGAAAGAAAACGAAAUCCGUUUGUUGGCUUCCCAGAGCCAAGGAGGUUUCUCCACUUUCAAGGUCUCCAGGUCCAUCCCCGCCCGGAGCCCCCAGCAUAGCCCCUCUAGAAGCCUGGAAGGACUCUGUGUUGGGAAUGGGGGCGGCUACUCUUGGCCGCCGCGGAGGUCCGCGUCCUGUUCGCCGGGGAGGUUUACUCCCCUACCGCGAGUGACCGCGGCGCUGAGGGCUCUGCUGGUUUCGCUCAGCGGGGGGCAAGGCACGCUCGCUCUGCCCACCCUUCCCGGUUCUCUCAGUCUCGGCCUUGGGGAGGCCCCUUCGCCUCCAGUCCCUCAGCCGACCUUCUGCCGCUCCCCGCGCCCUCCAGGGAGGACCCCGCUGUCACUGGCGAUGCUCCGAAGACCCGGGAUCUGGGCGAGGAAGGCGGUGGCAACCUUUUUCCAGCUGGGGGGAACAAUCCUGGACCAUGACUCAACAGCCACUUCGAGGAGUGACCAGCCUGCGUUUCAACCAAGACCAAAGCUGUUUCUGCUGCGCCAUGGAGACAGGUGUGCGCAUCUACAACGUGGAGCCCUUGAUGGAGAAGGGGCAUCUGGACCACGAGCAGGUGGGCAGCAUGGGCUUGGUGGAGAUGCUGCACCGCUCCAACCUUCUGGCCUUGGUGGGCGGUGGUAGUAGCCCCAAGUUCUCAGAGAUCUCAGCAGUGCUGAUCUGGGACGAUGCCCGGGAGGGCAAGGACUCCAAGGAGAAGCUGGUGCUGGAGUUCACCUUCACCAAGCCAGUGCUUUCUGUGCGCAUGCGCCAUGACAAGAUCGUGAUCGUGCUGAGGAACCGCAUCUAUGUGUACUCCUUCCCCGACAAUCCCCGAAAGCUGUUUGAGUUUGAUACCCGGGACAACCCCAAGGGGCUCUGUGACCUCUGCCCCAGCCUGGAGAAGCAACUGUUAGUCUUCCCGGGACACAAGUGCGGGAGUCUGCAACUUGUGGACCUGUCGAGCACGAAGCCUGGCACUUCAUCUGCUCCCUUUACCAUCAAUGCACAUCAGAGUGACAUAGCCUGUGUGUCUCUGAACCAGCCAGGCACGGUAGUGGCCUCAGCCUCCCAGAAGGGUACUCUUAUUCGCCUCUUUGACACACAAUCCAAGGAGAAACUGGUGGAGCUCCGCCGAGGGACUGACCCUGCCACCCUCUACUGCAUUAACUUCAGCCACGACUCCUCCUUUCUCUGCGCUUCCAGUGAUAAGGGCACCGUCCAUAUCUUUGCUCUCAAGGAUACCCGCCUCAACCGCCGCUCCGCGCUGGCUCGCGUGGGCAAGGUGGGGCCUAUGAUUGGGCAGUACGUGGACUCUCAGUGGAGCCUGGCGAGCUUCACUGUGCCUGCUGAGUCAGCCUGCAUCUGCGCCUUCGGUCGCAAUACUUCCAAGAACGUCAACUCUGUCAUUGCCAUCUGCGUAGAUGGGACCUUCCACAAAUAUGUCUUCACUCCUGAUGGAAACUGCAACAGAGAGGCUUUCGACGUGUACCUUGACAUCUGUGAUGAUGAUGACUUUUAAGGACUCUGGGGGCUGUGCUAGGGACCUACAGUGGCAGACUGCAGAGCUGAGCCUUGGCUGUGGGGCAUGCUUGGACGCUACCAGCCAGCAAGCAUUAAUGGGGCCAGUGCCCACUUUCCACUCAGCAGAGCUAUGUCUAAAUAAAGAGCUCACUUCCCCCAGCACUUCUUGAUCACUGUGUGCCCCAAGGGCCAAGCCAGGGACCCAGGAAGGCAGAGACCCCUUGGGAUCCCUAACCUGGAAGAAAUUGCCAGGGACCCAGAGGGAGUGGCCUAAUCCAACCUGGGGAUUUUUUAUAAGCUUCCCAGGAAGAGAUGAUCUCUGAUGUGAUGAAUACGAAUAAAAGGCCCUUAAUGGCA